AUGUCACCAACUUCAACUACCCAACAACCAGUAACAUCUCGAGGUUACGAAAUCGGAACCAGAGGGUCACAUAAUAUUGCCAAAGGUGGUAAGCAUCCUUAUCAGUUGCCUAAAUUUACCGAUAAAAAAGAAGAGCGUAAAUGGAUGCUUCAACAUAUGGCAGCUGCAUUUAGGGUUUUUGCUAGAAAAGGUUAUACUGAAGGUACUGCUGGGCAUAUAUCAAUUCGUGAUCCAAUAGACCCAAACACAUUUUGGAUCAACCCCUUGGGAAAACAUUUUGGACUACUCAAAGCAAGUGAUAUGGUACAUGUUGAUCACGAAGGAAACAUUUUACCAGAUGGUGCACAGGUUGCCAUAAACGCUGCUGGGUUUUCGAUUCAUAGUGCAUUGCAUCAUGCUCGACCGGACGUUCAUGCUGCUUGUCAUACCCACUCAGUAUAUGGUAAAGCUUGGUCAGCUAUGGGCAAACCUUUGGCCAUGAUUAAUCAAGAUGUUUGUACCUUCUAUAAAAGUCACGCAGUUUAUGAGGAUUUUGGUGGUGUAGCUUUAGAAGCUGAAGAAGGUAUACAUAUAUCCAAAGCUUUGGGUGAUGGUAAAGGUGUUAUUUUACAAAAUCAUGGAUUAUUGACUGUUGGAAACACAGUGGAUGAAGCAGCAUAUUUGUUCACUCUAUUGGAAAAAUCGUGUCAAGUCCAAUUGGCAGCACAAGCAGCACUCUUGCCUGGUGAAAAAUUAAAAAUCAUUGGUGACGAAGAAGCUGCUUAUUGUGAGAGGAAUGACGGGGAUCCAGAGACGUUGUAUACUGAAUUUCAACCUGAUUUUGAGAUGGAGGUAUAUUUGAAUGAUGACUUCUUGAAAUAA